AUGUAUGCGAUGUCUAUUAGUGGAGAGGGUGCUCAGUACUUGCGUGUUCCGCCCGACCCGGGCAUUCAGGCCAGCCCCGCUGCUGCUCUAGGUGCUAGUGUGUCUGCUUCCACUGGUACUACUGCAGCUGCUGCUCUAGGUGCUUGUGCGUCUGUGCCCCCUGGUACUGAGUCGACUGCAGCACUGCACACCUUCACACUGGACUCAGGUGCUUCUCGCUCUUUCUUUCGUGACCGCACUGUCCUUGAGCCUCUAGCUCGGCCGGUUGCUGUCUCUCUUGCUGACCCCUCUGGGGGUCCGGUCCUUGCGACCUCCUCCACCACCCUUCCGUGUCCAGCGGUUCCGUCCGGCACGCUCUCAGGUCUCUACCUCCCCUCGUUCUCCACGAACUUGGUGGCAGGUAGUGCGCUCCAGGACUCGGGUGUUCACCAGUUCACCCCUGCCUACGAGCGUGUGACUCACUGCACGUGUGCUCGGACGGGCCGCCACCUGGCUACUUUCACUCGAGAGCCGGGGUCUGACCUGUACACACUGACCACUGAGUCCCCUCAGGUAGCUGCGUCUGCGUCAGCGUCAGGUCAGCUGUCCGCCCCCUGCUCGUGUCGCUCUCUGGCGAACGACACCGUCCUCUGGCACCACCGCCUUGGUCACCCGUCUGUGCAGCGCCUGCGGGCCAUGCACAAACGGGACCUUGUUGCUGGUCUUCCCAGGGUGCUCCCUCCCCUUCCUGACUCCCCUGCUCCUGACUGCAUUCCCUGUGUCGAGGGGCGGCAGCGCGCCGCUCCUCACUCCUCCUCCUUUCCCCCGACGACCGCUCCCCUGCAGACGCUCCACAUGGACGUGUGGGGCCCAGCCCGCGUCCGUGGUCAGGGUCAGGAGAGGUACUUCCUGAUAGUUGUUGACGACUACUCGCGCUACACCACGGUCUUCCCCUUGCGCGCCAAGGGUGACGUCCCUGGUGUUUUGAUCCCCUGGAUCAGCCGAGCCCGUCUCCAGCUAGGCAAGCGCUUUCACUCGGACUUUCCUGUCCUGCGCUUGCACUCUGACAGGGGUGGUGAGUUCGCCUCCGACCUCUUGGCAGCCUACUGUGCUGAGCACGGCAUUGAGCAGUCGUACACGCUUCCGGCCUCUCCACAGCAGAAUGGGGUUGCUGAGCGCCGCAUUGGCUUAGUCAUGGAGGUCGCUCGUACCUCCCUGACCCAUGCGGCUGCUCCCCACUUUCUGUGGCCGUUUGCGGUCCGGUACGCAGCGCAUCAGCUCAACCUCUGGCCCCGUGUCUCCUUGCCGGAGACUUCCCCGACUCUACGGUGGACGGGAGAGGUUGGCGAUGCGUCGCGUUUCCGAGUCUGGGGAUCUCGAGCUUUUGUCCGCGACACGUCCGCGGACAAGCUCUCGCGUCGCGCUGUUCCCUGUGUCUUUCUUGGCUUUGUUCCCGACGCGCCUGGAUGGCAGUUUUACCACGUCACCUCGCGCCGGGUUCUGGCCUCUCAGGACGUCACUUUUGACGAGUCCGUCCCCUUCUACCGCCUCUUCCCCUACCGCACUGCCCCGCUCCCCCCUCCGCCUCUCUUCCUCGCUCCAGGUGCUGAGGUACCAGACCCCCUCCCCCCUCAGGGUGCCGCUCCCUCAGGUGUGUCCCAGGUAGACCCGGGUGAGCCUGUCGAGGUAGCUGUUGACUCGCGUCCUGCGUCUGGGGGUGCUGAGCCUGGGAGUGCUGCGUCUGAGGGUGCGGAGCCUGGGGGUGCUGAGCCUGGAGGUGCGGAGCCUGGGGGUGCUGAGCCUGGAGGUGCGGAGCCUGGAGGUACUGAGCCUGGAGGUGCGGAGCCUGGAGGUACUGAGCCUGGAGGUGCGGAGCCUGGAGGUGCGGAGCCUGGAGGUGCGGAGCCUGGAGGUACUGAGCCUGGGGGUGCUGAGUCUGGGGGUGCUGAGUCUGGGGGUGCUGAGUCUGGGGGUGCUGAGCCUGAGCGUGCUCCACCUGGAGGAGCCCCCUCCUCCCAGCAGCUGCAGGAGAGGUACCUCGAGUACUGCCGCCUCCGGAGAGGUGCUUCUGGAGCUCGUCCCGGUACUUCCCCUCCUACCCAGGAGCUCCCCCCCAUUCAGGUGAUCCGCGAGUGGUACACGCGGCGCUGCAGUCUUCGUAGUGGUGCUCCUGGUGCUGCGGACCCGAGCGGUGGUGCUGUUGCUGGUGCUGAGGACCCGGACGCUGGAGCUGCUGCUGGUGCUGAGGACCCGGGCGUUGGAGCUGCUGCUGGUGCUGAGGACCCGACCGGUGGCGCUGCUGCUGGUGCUGAGGACCUGACCGGUGGCCCUGCGCCUGGUACUGAGGACCCGGGCGUUGGAGCUGCUGCUGGUGCUGAGGACCCGACCGGUGGCGCUGCUGCUGGUGCUGAGGACCCAGGCGUUGGAGCUGCUGCUGGUGCUGAGGACUCGGGCGUUGGGGCUGCCACUGGUGUCCCUGCUGCUUCUGGAGACGCUGCGCGGCCGCGACCGUACUUCGUACCGCUCCUUCAGCAGGUUCUUGGUCAGGCUCCUCCUCCUAGUCCUCCUCCCUCAGUCGAGUGUCCUCUGCCUGUCCAGCCGCAGUCACAGUUACCGCCUGCCUCGCCUCUCCCUGCUCCCUCUCCUUACGCUGGUCCCACAGGAGGUCUUACAGAGCGUCGUGAGCCUGAGUCUCGUCCUGCGUCGCCUGUUCGUACUGCUCGCACUGGUCGUCGUGUCCCACGUGAGCGUCCUCCUCCUGUCCCUGGCACUCACUACAUGACUCUGCGUCCCUCCACUGCUCCGCAGCGUGUCCCGCUGCCGUCUCCUCCUGCGUCCUCUCUUCCUACUCUUCCUGACCCGGAGUCUGACUCCCGUCGUGCUGCCAGUCCCACUGUUACGCGUCUCCUCGCUACAGUUGUCACUGACCCGACCUUUGAGUCCUCUGCUGCGUCUGCCCUGGUCGCUGAGUUGGUUGACUUUGCUGCUCGCUGUCGCCUAGACUACGCUGCCAGCCUUGUCGCUAGGUCUGAGUCUGCGUCUGCCUGUCCUCCGUCCGUCGGGGGUGAGUGUGCCCUCGGCACGGACGUCCUUGAGGACAGACAGGAGGAGUUCCACUGCCUUGCUGCUGCUUUGCCCCGUCUCGUGUCCUUGCUAGUUGCCCCUGAGGGAGACCCGGAUGCACCAGACAUCCCGACCCCACGCUCUUACGCUGAGGCGAUGGCGGGUCCCUACUCCUCUCAGUGGCAGACAGCCAUGGACGCAGAGAUGGCCUCCUGGAAGUCCACAGGCACCUACGUAGACGAGGUUCCCCCUCCUGGGGCGAACAUCGUCAGUGGCAUGUGGAUUUUCAGGGUGAAGCGGCCGCCGGGUUCUCCACCUGUCUUCAAGGCGCGCUACGUGGCUCGAGGCUUCAGUCAGCGAGAGGGAGUAGACUUCUUUCAGACCUUCUCCCCCACCCCGAAGAUGACUACUCUUCGGGUGCUGCUGCACAUAGCCGCUCACCGCGACUACGAGCUUCACUCUCUUGACUUCAGCACUGCUUUCUUGCAGGGCAGCCUGCACGAGGAGAUCUGGCUGCGCCGCCCCCCUGGCUUCACUGGGUCAUUUCCUCCUGGCACCCAGUGGAGGCUUCAGCGGCCGGUCUACGGUCUCCGCCAGGCGCCACGUGAGUGGCACGACACACUGAGGACGACACUUGCGGCUCUUGGGUUCGCUCCCUCUACUGCUGACCCGUCGCUGUUUCUACGUACCGACACCUCGCUGCCGCCGUUCUACAUCCUCGUGUACGUCGACGACUUGGUCUUUGCCACUGCUGACACCGCGGCACUCGCUCACGUGAAGUCGGAGCUGCAGAGGAGACACACGUGCACAGACCUGGGUGAGCUGACGAGCUAUCUUGGCUUGCGGAUCACCCGGGACAGAGCACGGCGCACCAUCACCCUGACUCAGUCACACAUGGUGCAGCAGGUUCUCCAGCGCUUUGGCUUCACGUACUCCUCGCCUCAGUCCACUCCUCUGCCUACCGGUCACUCGCUCUCAGCUCUGCCUUCGGAUGAGUCCGUAGAGCCGAGUGGCCCGUAUCCAGAGCUUGUGGGCUGCCUCAUGUACCUGAUGACCUGCACUCGACCUGACCUUGCAUACCCUCUUAGCAUCCUAGCACGCUAUGUCGCUCCUGGCCGUCACCGGAAGGAGCACAUGGAUGCUGCUAAGAGGGUGUUGCGCUACUUGUGCAGUACGUCGGGCAUGGGGCUUGUGCUUGGAGGGCGAGACCGGGUUGUUCUCACAGGGCACUCAGACGCUUCUUGGGCAGACGACCAGACUACUCAGCGGUCGUCCCAGGGUUACACCUUCAGCCUUGGCUCUGGCUCAGUUUCUUGGCGUUCUACUCGCUCUUCUUCUGUUCUCAGCUCCAGUUGUGAGGCUGAGAUCUACGCCACAGCCAUGGCUGCUCAGGAGCUACGCUGGCUGACCUACCUGCUGACCGACCUCGGAGAGCGGCCUCGUUCUCCUCCAGUGCUGUACGUCGACAACAAGGCUGCCAUUGCCUUGUGUGAGGAGCACAGACUGGAGCACAGAACGAAGCACAUCGCUCUGCGGUACUUCCUGGCUCGAGAGCUGCAGCAGCGGGGUCAGCUUCGUCUUCGUUACGUGGCCACGGAGGCCAACACUGCUGAUGUGUUCACCAAGGCGCUUCAGCCUUGUGACCAUCAGCGCUUUUGCACUCUGCUAGGCCUUGUACCUACUGGGCCUCACUUACUUACCUCUUGA